UUUUGUAUUCUUUCAACAAAUCGCCGUCGUGUAUAAAUUAGACAACAAGACGGGAAGAAAGUGAGUUUUUUUUUGGAGGACGAAAACAAAACAACGACAUUAUUGUGAAUUGCGAUAUAUGCGUUUGUUUUUGUUGUGUUUGUUUUUGUAUAUAUCGAAAGGUAUUUUGAUAAAUUGCAAUUAUCAAAAGAACGUGAGAACGUGUUAAAAAAAUUUGCAGUGCAUUGAUUUGAUAUUAUUGGAAACGAAAAAAAAAAACAAAAUAGGAGUAACACAGAUAAACAAUGCCAUUGAAAAAGAAAAAAUAUAAUGCUCGCUUUCCGGCUGGACGAAUCAAAAAGAUCAUGCAGAGUGACGAAGAAGUGGGGAAAGUCGCACAAGCUGUACCAAUCAUAAUCUCUCGAACUUUGGAGCUAUUCGUUGAAUCAAUGUUGACCAAAACAUUGAGAAUUACAAAUGCACGAAAUGCAAAAACCCUAUCACCGUCGCAUAUGAAGCAAUGCAUUAUGUCCGAGAGUCGGUUUGAUUUUUUACGUGAAUUGGUGAAAAAUAUACCCGAUAUUAAUGUGGCCGAGGAGCAACAAUGUGACAUAUAUCCCGAACGACGUGAAUCGAGUGAAGAUGGUAUGCUGUCAAUUGAUUCACCUGUAAAUGGUGUGGUUGGCAAUCCAAAUGGUGGAGCACGUGAACUGAACGCAGGAAGUAGUAGCAGUUCACAUUGGAAAUAUACAAAACAGCAUUCAUUGGAUUCAAAUGCAAUUCGAAACCAAAACAAUUACUCAACUACAUCAAACAACGACAAUAACUCACCGAUAAAUUAUUCGAUUAAAAUCGAUGUAAAUAAACCGACGUCCGUUAAACUACUGCGAAUGGAAUCAACACCGGCUACCAUUGGGGCAAAUAAUAAUUUAGCAUCGCCGAUCAUUACGGCCAACUAUUUACCAACAACAAAAUCCACGAAUUCGGACACAAAGCAACCAGUUAUUACGUUCGAUUUUUCGAAAAUUCCAUUAUUGCCAAGCACAUCGGCGACGGCGGCAGCAGUGUCCACCUCAUCAAAUCAUAGUCAUUCUGUAAGCAACAUACUGAAAUUAAACGAAAAGUCAUCGUCGACUAUCGAUACGACCAAAAAUGAGCUUCAAUCUCAAUUAGGCAAAAUGGCACAGCGUUCAACCAGCAAAACACAAUUAGUUAAACAAUUGUCACAUCCAUAUGCUUCGUCCACAAUAACGUCGAAUUCAUCAACGUUACAAAGCAGUAGCGCACCUUCCACUCAAUCCAGCUCAGCACAUUCAACCACACCGAAUUCAUCAUACAUACCAUUGUCAACCGUAGGAACAUCCAGCACACUUGAAAUGGAUGAAGACUAUGACAAUAUUUAAGUAAACCGCGCUAUCGAAUGAUACCGAGAGAGAAAAGAAAAUGAAUUUAAAUUAUUUACUAUUUUCAAAUUGUUUUUCUCAUUACAAUCGACAAACAAUAUUUUUUUUUUUGUACAAU